AUUUUGACGUCUCUCUCUCAAGAACCUCAAACAGUAUAAGACGAACUGACGAAGAAGUGAUCUUGACCUGAUGAGAAGUGACCUCAACCUCUUUCUAUUCUCUACUAACCAAGGGUUUGGAUUUAUUGUUCUCUUAUUGGGAAUUAUAUGGGAAAUACCUCAACGCACGAAAAGGAAAAGGCACCAGAAUAUCAAAUCAAAUCCGAGAAGAAAGCAAAUGGCUGCUUCGUACAGAACCCAGUCUGCUAAGAGAUGGCUUCCUCUUGAAGCUAAUCCAGAUGUUAUGAACCAGUUCCUUUGGGGAUUGGGUGUUCAAGAGGAUGAGGCAGAAUGCCAUGACGUUUACAGUUUGUAUGGAGAACUGUUAGAAAUGCUCCAAAGCCUGUACUUGUUGUGUUGUUUCUUAUCCUUUAACCCCUACGGUUUUGUAUCUCCCUCCAGUUUAUUAUUAAUUCUUAACUUUGUGGAUGGCUAUCAAUAUUUUGUUACACAUUUUGAAAGUAUACUUGUCUCCUGAUUUGAGGAAAGUUUGAAUUCUUUGAACUUUUGAAGGACUAAUGAAGUUGCCUUGAUGGUGUUGCAAAUAGAAAUAACUCAAUGGAGUCGGAAAUUGGAAGGACAAGGUGUGCAGAUGUUUCUUUGUGCCAGUUGCUCUCAAGUUUUCUCCACACAAGUGGCCUAUAGAAGCAAAUAUAUGAGCAUAUCAAUUUCUUGUUAGGAGCCACAAAACAAAAUAAUGUAUUAUUGUUUUCUGUGGGCCAACUACAGAGACUGAUCUACACCUCAUGAGUUUUGAGUAAAUUUGUGUAAAUCUCAUGCUUGUCAAUGACAAUUUGUGGAAUAGUUAA